AGAGACGGUAGGACAUCACCGGACGCGGAGUAUUUGGUACUAGAACAACUUGAUCAUGUUAUGGCCGAGACGGAGAGACCUCUAACACCUCUGACAAGGGGUAUAAUUCAUGUUCGCUGUCGUCCAGCAUAGAACAUCUCGCGUGAUAAUUUACACAGCAAAACCCUCGUGUCGCAUGCCUCGUGUUAUCCUCCCGCGAGCCGUGAGCUCAAAUACCCGCUCCGUUAAAGCCACCGUUAUUAACUCCAAACUCCGUCUGUUCCAUCGUAACUUAUUCACACAACGUUCCCGCGGGGAAGGGGGCACCUCAACGGUCACCCGGUCAGCCACCCGCGCCUUCCCCCUUCGGCACCCAGGGUCCACGAAUAUACAACUAAACUUUCAUCCGAUGCCCUCCCCGCCACGGCGAGAGCCCUCAUAUACCCCUCCAAGUCCAUUCCUGUCACCAGCAGGCGCCCGUCUAGGUCGGCGGGUCAGGUCAAACUGGCUAGGUGGUGGAAUGGUUAAUGGUCAACAAUUGAUUCCGCCAACCAGCCUACUCGACGACAGGCUCAGCGCGUGCGAGUUCGAAUCCCAGCUUGAGCACCAAGAGAUGUAGCCCCCAGUUCAGCACCGGGGGGGUGAACUCUUUUGUCUUUUUUGAC